ACCAGCAUGAAUUAAUGAUGAUUUUUCUUCAUCUCUAUUCUGUCUCUUGUCUUUCAUCUCUCAAACACAAACCCCCUCAGAUCCAGGGUUUUGAAUGGUUUGAUGGUGUAUUAAGUUAACUAUAAUAAUGGAGGAAAUACAAUCUUCGGAAAACUAUAGAUCUUCAUCGUCGUCGGCUAGUAGUCCUGCGAGUAGAGUGCCGUCAAGUAAUUUUUUCUACUUAAGAAAACCGGGUGCUUUAAGACAACCAAUUUCAUUUGAGGAUUCACCUGAUUGGGAGGAUAAUGCACAUGUUGAAGUUAGGGUGGAAGAGGGCUUUAGGGUGGAAGAGGGCGUUAGUGUGGAAGAAGGUGGUGAUUCUAUUAACACCGCCACUACCACCAUUUCACCUUCUCUUUCAAAGCUUAAUAGUGGGAUUAGUGGCUCCAUGCCAUCUCCACCAUUGCCUGAAGGUGCAGUUGUCGCAAGAAAGAUUGCAGGAGCUACCAUUGUGUGGAAAGAUUUAACGGUUACUAUAAAGGGUAAACGGAAAUACUCUGAUCGGGUGAUCAAAAGUUCAAAUGGAUAUGCUUUGCCUGGCACGAUGACAGUAAUCAUGGGACCGGGAAAGUCGGGCAAAUCAACACUAUUGAGGGCCCUUGCUGGAAGGCUGGAUGAUUCAGCAAAAACAUAUGGUGAAGUAUUUGUCAAUGGAGCAAAGUCAAACUUGCAGUAUGGAUCCUAUGGAUAUGUUGAGAGAAAAAACACACUUAUUGGAUCAUUAACUGUGCGAGAGUUUCUUUACUACUCGGCACUACUUCAGCUUCCCGGUUUCUUUUAUCAAAAAAAGAGUGUUGUUGAGGAUGCUAUACUUGCCAUGUCACUAGGUGAUUAUGCUAAUAAACUCAUAGGUGGGCAUUGUUAUAUGAAAGGCCUUCCUAGUGGUGAAAGACGGCGUGUCAGCAUUGCUAGGGAGCUCGUGAUGAGGCCACAAGUCUUAUUUAUAGAUGAGCCUCUCUACCAUCUUGAUAGUGUUUCUGCACUUCUGAUGAUGGUAACAUUGAAGAAGCUCGCGAGCACUGGCUGCACCUUACUUUUCACCAUUUACCAGAGUAGCACUGAAGUGUUUGGCCUUUAUGAUCGAAUUUGUCUUCUCUCUAAUGGAAACACACUGUUUUUUGGGGAGACACUGGCUUGCUUGCAGCACUUUUCAAAUGCCGGAUUUCCUUGCCCAAUAAUGCAAAGUCCAUCGGAUCAUUUUCUUCGUGCUAUUAACACAGACUUUGACCGGAUUAUUGCAAUGUGUAAAACCUGGCAGGACGACAAUGGGGAUUUUUCAAAUGUUAAUAUGGACACUGCUGUUGCAAUUCGCACCCUUGAAGAAACAUAUAGAUCUUCAGCUGAUGCAGCAGCAGUCCAGACGAUGAUACUUAGGCUAACUGAAAGGGAAGGCCCGUCACUUAAAAGCAAAGGAAAGGCAAAUAGUGCUACAAGGAUUGCAGUCUUGACUUGGAGAUCGUUGUUGAUUAUGUCACGGGAGUGGAAAUAUUAUUGGCUUAGGCUGAUUCUUUGUUUGCUUCUAUCGUUAUGUGUUGGCACUGCUUUUACCGGUUUAGGCCAUUCGUUGUCUUCUGUCGGGACAAGAGUUGCAGCAAUCUUUGUGUUUGUAUCUUUCGCUUCACUCUUGAGCAUUGUUGGGGUACCCGCACAGCUAAAGGAGGUCAAGGUGUAUGCUUGUGAAGAUUCAAAUCAACAUUCAGGGGGAUUAGUUUUCUUAAUGGGACAACUUUUUGCAAGUUUUCCUUUUUUGUUUCUAAUAUCCAUUUCAUCAAGUCUAGUUUUCUAUUUCCUUGUGGGGCUUCGUAGCGAUUUCAGCUUUAUGAUGUAUUUUGUGCUCAACUUCUUCAUGUGCCUUUUGGUUAAUGAAGGGAUGGUGCUCAUUGUUGCCACCAUCUUGCAAGAUAUGUUCUGGACUAUCUCAACACUCGUGUUCAUACAUGUUGUGAUGAUACUUUCUGCUGGUUAUUUCCGAAUCCGAAGUGCUUUACCUGGACCGGUAUGGAUGUAUCCUAUAUCCUACAUUGCUUUUCAUACUUACUCGAUCCAGGGUCUCUUGGAGAAUGAGUAUGAUGGAACAUCAUUUGCAGUGGGACAGGUUAGGACGAUAUCAGGGUACCAAGCACUUCAUAACGUAUAUGAUGUUUCUCCUGAUGCUUAUUCGAAAUGGAAAAAUCUACUGAUCCUUUCACUAAUGGCUCUUGGGUAUCGGGUUCUUAUUUUUCUAUUGCUACAUCUUUGUGUGAAGAAGAACUCGUCUUUAUUUAGAGUUGUGUGUUGUAAAACUACGACGAAUGACAGAAGAUGAAUGAAAGAAUACAUAUGCACUUUCUUAUCA